AUGCCUCGAGCUAAACGAUCGAAGCAAUAUCGGAAGCUCAUGGAGCAAUUCUCCAUGAGCUUCGGAUUUCGAGUACCGUACCAAGUCAUUGUAGACGCCGACUUUAUUGCAGAAGCAAACAAGUGCAAGAUGGAUGUGAUGCGCCGAUUAGAAGACACCCUACACGGUGAAGUCAAGCCUAUGAUUACUCAAUGCUCAAUGCGACAUCUCUAUGGGCGGAAAUCAGAACCUGGUGUGGAAGCAGCCAUAGAACAAGCAAAGAAUCAAUUCGAGCGACGACGAUGCGGUCACCAUCCUGACGAGUACCCAGAACCACUAAGCACACUUGAAUGCCUACAAUCUGUUGUCGAUCCGAAAAACAAUGGGGUGAACAAGCAUCGCUACGUCUGUGCCAUCAAUGAUGAUACUGUCAGGGCAAGGCUACGACAGGUAGCAGGGACGCCAAUGAUAUUUAUUAGGAGAUCCGUCAUGAUUAUGGAGCCAAUGGCAACAGUCAGCGUGAAGAUAAGAUCUAAAGACGAAAAGAGCAAGUUCAGGGCGGAGCUCAAGGCGCCUACCAGCAAAAGGAAGAGAGAGGACGAUAGUGAUCAAGAAGAUGUAAAACAAGCUGCGCCAAGACCAGCAGAGGCAGACAAAUCCGAAAAGAAGAAACAGAAGGCUCAGGGCCGUAAGGAACCUAAUCCCUUGGCCGUCAAGAAGAAGAAAUCGAAGCCUGACGGAAACUCGGAUAAUCAACAUUCGAAAGAACCAAAGCCGGAGGAAGCAGUCGUAACAGAGGCAGAUCAGACAGAAGCACCGAAACGGAAGCGUAUACGAAAGCACAAGAGCAAAGGUGUUUCUACUAAUGACGAAACAACCACCAUGUCUGGCAAUGAUAAUGGUGAGGCGCAUGUAGUAGAGGCAGAAGAUUGA